GCAGCCUCUGCGGCAGCCGCGGCCUCCGGCCCCCACAGGGAGACCUGGUCCAAGGGCCCCUCCUACGAGGACCUGUAUACUCAGGAUGUGGUCAUCAGCAUGGAGGAGCAGGAGAACCCGCAGAGGUUGGCUGCCGAGAACAAACCGGCCAAAGAGAGGCCCAUCUGGCUGAGAGAGAGCACCGUACAGGGCGGAGCCUACGCCGAAUCUGGCGAUCUCAAAGACGGGCUGGACCCAGAAGGUUUCCACGACCACGAGGAGGGCCGCCCAAUGGCUGACGACAAUGAAGAGGUCAUGCAGGCGCUGCUGAAACAC